ACGCCGAAACGUUUUGGUGUGGGCAUCAUGGGCAGAUCGGCGUCGCUCCUUUCUCUGCUCCUCUGUCUAUGGGUUUGUCUGCAACUCAGACCCACAACCUCUUCAAUUUCCCCUCCUCUUCACACUAAUCAGGGUUUUCAAGAAUCGACGAAUUCGAGAAAUGUUAAGCAAGAUCAGGAUGGCGUUCAUGAAGUGCAUUGCUCGAGAGAAAGGAGUAGGGCAGCAUGGAAAAUUAUUGAGGAGUAUUUGAUGCCCUUUGUGGAGAAAGAGGGCUAUCAGAUCUCAAGUAGCUGUAGGCUUCAUCAUGAAAAUGACCUGUACAGGGAUCAGGAGCAGCAUAAAAUCCAUGUGGAUAUAAAUGAAUGGAGAUGUGGGUACUGCAAAAAAUCCUUCUAUGCGGACAACUAUCUUGAUAAGCAUUUUGACAAUAGACACUACAAUUUGCUUAAUGUGAGUCAAAACAAGUGCUUGGCAGACGUAUGUGGGGCAUUGCAUUGUGACCAUGUGAUGGAUUCUAAGUUACAGAAGACUAAAUGCAAUCCUGCAGCUGCUGCAAGGAAUCGCCAUCUGUGUGAGAGUCUUGCUGAUGGUUGUUUUCCAGUCAGUGGAGGUCCUUCAGCAAGUCGUCUUCAUGAAUUCUUCUUGCGCCAAUUCUGUGAUGCCCACACUUGCACUGGAGGCCGGAAGCCCUUCUCAAGAGGGCGCAAGAAGCGGACAAGUGUAUUCUACCUCUGUAUUUCCAUAUUGACUCUGAUGUUGCUGCCACUUUUCUACUUCUUUGUUUAUUUGUACCAGAGGGGAUUGAGAAGGGGUACCCAAAAUUUUCGGCGCAUCUCUGAAAGUGGACGGAAGAAAAAACCUACUUAGUUGGUGUGGAUUUUCAUUUCUUCCACUUCUAUAUCCAGUCUCCUUUUUCCUUUGGAGAGAGUGCUUCAGUAACCAUUGAAAUCAAGUCUGCUAUGGCCAUCUUGUUUUCUGUAUAUCAGGCAUUUGAAGAGAAUUCCAAUGUAAAAAUGAAAAAAAAUACAAGAAUUACAAACGAAUUAUCAGAAAAUCUGAUUUACUUGACGAGAAUCUUUAUUCUCAAUUCAAUAACAGUUAAUAAUAUUUGUUCUCAUCAAUCUUCCCAAA